CAUUAUGGACCGCGGGACGCUGCACGACCUCGUCGCUGCCGCCGCCUGUGUGCAUGCGGAGCGCACGGCUGUGACGUAUGACAGCGGCUCCGGGUCGGUGUCUUUAUUCUACAGUGACGUCGUCACACUGGUCAGUGAACUGUCCCAAACUCUGAGGGACAACUGCUGUCUCAGGAAUGACGUCAUCGGGCUGUGCUGUCUGGAGGACCUGUUUACGCCUGUGUGGAUUCUGGGGAUACUCCAGUUCCCUGCUGCCUAUGCACCACUGGAUCCAGAUGCUCCAGGGCUCCUGUCAGCCCGAGUCAUAAACCAGUGUGGCCUCAAGUACUGCGCUGUGCAGAGUGACCUCCUGAAGAAAUUCCAGGCGGUUCUCCACAAACACAUGACUGUGGACAUUUGUGUGGUGUUGCCCAAGUACAAACUGACAUUGGUGGAAGUGAAGCCACUGCACAUCAACGUGAACAAUCAAACAACACAACAGAACAGAGUACAGAAAACAGAUGGAGCAUCAGACGCCAUGCUGGGAGACUGGGCAUAUGUGCUCCACACUUCUGGAACAACAGGGCUUCCAAAGAUUGUGAGGGUUCCACACAAGUGUAUUGUACCCAACAUCAUUGAUCUCAGGUCAUUGUUUCAGAUGAACACAGAUGAUGUGAUUUUUCUUGCCUCACCCUUAACUUUUGACCCUUCUGUCGUGGAGAUUUUUCUGGCUUUGUCAUCUGGGGCUCAGCUCCUAGUCGUCCCCACCGUGAUCAAAAAAAUACCCCAUCGUCUGGCUCAGGUGCUGUUCGGGAAACACAGGACAACUGUCCUACAGGUCACGCCAACCCUGAUCGGCCGCUUUGGGCACCAUAUCCUAAAAGAGGAGGUGCUGUCUUCCGGCUCCUCAUUGCGUGUGUUGGCUCUGGGUGGAGAGGCAUGUCCAUCUCCCGCUCUGCUGAAGAGCUGGAGACACAUAGCAAACAAAACACACAUCUAUAACAUCUACGGUGUUACUGAAGUGUCCUGCUGGGCCUCUUGUUACAAAAUCCCAGAGACCCUGCUGCAGGAGUGCAGCUCUGUGCCGUCCCAUGUGCCUCUGGGGACUCCUCUGAUGGACACGGUGUUGGAAGUUAGAGAUGAGCGUGGCUGUGUUGUUAAGGAGGGUCAAGGACAAAUGUUCAUAGGCGGUUUGGACAGAGUGUGUCUCUUGGAUGGUGAAGACACUGUGGUCCCGGGGACAAUGCGAGCAACUGGAGACUGGGUGGAUGUUAAUGGUGGUCAGCUGUACUACCUAGGACGGAGAGACAGGCUGAUUAAACGUCAUGGAAAACAAGUGAACUUGGACAGCUUACAGCAAGUCAUACUGACUGUGCCUGAAGUAGACGCCUGUGCUGUUUGUCUGUACGAACGCUUCCGACUGCUCGCCUUUGUCGUGGCAUCGACCUCUUCUGACCAAAAAUCAGCUACCGCUUUAGCUGAGCAUCAUAAAGAAGCUGCAUCUUCUGUUGAGCUUGACCUUGAUGAGACAGACAGCGCAGACGGAGAGCUGAGGAGGCUGAUUGUGAAUCAGCUGUCUCAGCUGUUACCUUCUUACAGCAUUCCGGACUCUCUGGUGCUGAUCUCAGCCUUACCACUGUCUCGUCACGGUAAAGUGGACAUGGAUGCUCUUAUGAAAAUAUACCAAAGACGGAGACAUUUGGAAAGUGAUUCUUCACUUGGAGACGUCAUUAACACGAAACAAACCAUUCAGCGUUUGUGGCAGGAAACGUUAGGUCUUGCUGAACAUGCAGCCGUUGAGGAUGAAUCCAGAUUUCUGCUAAGUGGUGGAGACUCCCUGAAAGCUUUAUGUCUUCAUGAAGACAUCCUGACUGUAGUAGGAGUGACCUCACCACAACUUUUGGAGAUUAUUCUUGACGGGACCUUCUCCGACAUAGUGCACCAUGUAGCUGCGGUGAUACUGAAGCAGCCCCUGGAGAUCAGGUCAGAAUCUAACAAACGUCAUGCUGAGGCUUCCUCGGCAGGGCUUACCAAGAGAGAACGCAAAGAUUGGACAGCAACAGAGCAGCUGACAGAGGAGGAGGAAGAUUCAUUUCGAAGACGAGUUGUAAAGGUUCUAAGGAGAGCGGGCGAGAUGAUUGAAAUGAACUUUCAAAAUGCAGAGAUGAGUAAAGCUCCCAGCCUGAGCAGAAAUCUUGGUUCUGACCAAAAAGAGUCCUGUGCUCUGGCACUCGGUCUGAGCUGGUCCUCAGACACAGGCAGAUGUGUGGACGCCUCUCCAGUAAUUUUAGUGCAAGGAGGAACAGAUCUGAGGUCAGCUGGGGCCAGAACAUCGGUGAUCAUCGGCUCCCACUCACACAGGGUGCAGGCUUUAGACCUGGACACCGGCAGCCUGCUGUGGGAGCGGGUUUUAGGGAACAGGAUCGAAUCUUCAGCUGCCGUGUCCGAGUGUGGGAGCCUCGUGGUCAUAGGCUGCUACGAUGGCUGCGUCUAUUUCCUCUGUGCUGCUUCAGGAGAGACACGGUGGAGUUUUAAGACUGGUGAUGCCGUAAAGAGCUGUCCCACCGUAGACCCGCUUACAGGUCUGGUUAUAGUGGGUUCACACGAUGGGCAUGUUUACUCCCUCAACCCAAAGGAUCAGCAGUGUGUUUGGAGGCGCCAUUGUGGGGGCGGGGCUGUGUUUUCCUCCCCGUACCUACACCCCUCCCACAGACGGUUAUACGUGGCGUCACUGGGAGGAAACCUGCUCUGUCUCAACCCAGACAGUGGAGAGGUGUUGUGGUCUUACAGUGGUGAGGUUCCUUUUUUCUCAUCACCAAACGGAUGUUCUGGUCACGUUGUGAUUGGUUCAGUGGACGGAAACAUCUGCUGCUUUAGCUACACGGGCAAACCGCUGUGGCAGUUUUUGACGAAAGGACCUGUCUUCUCAUCACCAUGUGUCACUCCAAACCAGCAGAGGGUUCUGUGUGGAUCACAUGAUGGUUACUUAUAUUGUUUGAACUCCACCGACGGAUCUUUGGUUUGGACUUUCCACACUUCCGGCAAAGUAUACUCCAGUCCUUGUGUGUUCAGUGGAUCGACUCUGGGCAGGAAGGGGAUUCUUGUUGGCCUGGCCUCUACAGAUGGAACAAUCUGGAUCCUGGAUGGGCAAGAUGGAAAACUACUGGGCUCGACCACUCUCCCUGGAGAGCUGUUUUCAUCACCAGUAGUGUGGGAGCACUCCCUUGUGAUUGGGUGCCGAAAUGACUAUGUGUAUUGUUUAAAGAUGACAAUGAAGGAGAAGACAUAGCGGUAUUUGGUGCAUUUUUGGAAAAUAUGCUUUGUCUGUGUAGAGAGAGUCACUGGAGACAUGAUUUUAUUUAAAGAUAAAUUUCUAUUUCUAUUUUUUUCAUUUAUAUAGCGGCACAUCACAACAAGGUUGUCUCAAGGCGCUUCACACAAGUAAGGUCUAAACUUACCAACCCCCAGAGCAA